AUGAAUGCCGGGUUUAGGUGGGGGGGGCAAGUGGGUAUGCUUGCCCUAGGUCCUGUUGAUGUAAGGGCGCUCUUAAGUUUAUGAAAAAUAAAAGAUGUAAGAAACAUGCCACUUACUUCCACCUACGUAAAAAGCGCUUAAUUUUUAUUAACCUUGAACGUCAAAUUUCCUGGAUUCGGUAUUGUAUAUAUAAUGCCGGGUUUACAUGAUGCGUACUUGUCACUCGCACUCGCACAUUGCGUGUAAACAGAAAAAAUAGUGCUUAGUAUCCGUAAAACCGGGAGUGCGAGUAAAUAGAACGCCAUUCUAUUUACUAAUGACAAGUAGCUAUCCCCUCCACGACUCUACUCUACUCGCAGUUGCACUUGCAACGUGUGACCGUACGAUGCUAGUGCUUGGUGACAAGUAUCGGACUGAAAAAUGGAAUUCAAAAACGACGAUUAAGUUUGUGCUUGAAGUUAGAACUCACGAAUGUCAGUGGAAUGUAAAAUGUAAAGAAUACAAAAAUAAACAAAUGCGGGAAUCGGCCUACCAAAAAACAGUACAAGCUAUGAAUAUUGUUGGUUUUAGUGUACCAAAAGUUAAUUUAUAUUAUAUGUAUUUUUGUAACAUAAAUUCAAAUUGGUCAGGUGUUAUCAUCACGAAAAUUCUAUACUCAAGUUCAAUAGCAAAUUUUCUUAAAAUCUUAACUGAAUUACCAAGGGUAUCCCGACUCAGCAACCAUUUUCUUGUCCAUAAUCGUUUUUUUUUCUUGAUUCGUUUUCAAGUUUUUGUAUCAAUGACGAUAUUUAAACGUUGGCUUAACGUUUAAAAAUUUUUUUUAAAAAAGGCGACGGUCCAUCGUGACGUUUGGUUCGCUACUACUUGCUUGAUACUUAAACUGUAAAUUUAAAUGUGUAAACAAUUUGUGAUAGCGCGAGUGACAAGUACUAAUGACAAGUAUUACGCAUCGUGUAAACCCGGCAUAAGAAUAUAUAUAACAUUAUACACUCAUAUUAGUAUUUUGAUCUAUAACAAUAUUCGCGAUAAAUUGCUCUAACGCUAUCCGAGAAAAUAACUAGGUAUUUAUUUUUA